AUGGAAUCGAACGGGAUGUCGUCGAGUGUGAUGUUUUCUGGGUUUAGUCCGAGAAUGUUAAGCUUAGAAAUGCCGCAGAAUCAACAAAAUCCCCCAAGUUCGGUGCCAUUCCAGCAUCCGCAUCCUUACGCCGCCGCCGGAAAUCCAUCAACCGGCGAUCAGCAGACUCAACCGCCGACGAAACUCUUGUACCCUUACGCCGCAGCUCCCGCUUCUUCCUCUAAACCCAAACAACUAUCACCUAUUAGCGGCGGCGACGACGACGACCGCGGGUCGGGUUCCGGAUCCGGGUGUCACCCUGAAGACAGCGCGGGAACCGACGGGAAGCGGAAAUUCUCUCAGUGGCAUAGGAUGAAAUGGACGGACACGAUGGUUCGGCUUCUGAUCAUGGCAGUCUUCUACAUCGGCGACGAAGCUGGGUUAGGCGAUCAAAUCGACGCAAAGAAAAAAAGCGGCGGAGGCGGCGGCGGAGCGAUGUUGCAGAAGAAAGGGAAAUGGAAAUCGGUGUCGAGAGCUAUGGUGGAGAAAGGAUUCUCUGUGUCGCCGCAGCAGUGCGAGGACAAGUUCAACGAUCUGAACAAGAGGUACAAGAGAGUGAACGACAUUCUCGGGAAAGGGAUCGCGUGUAGCGUCGUCGAGAAUCAGGGAUUGCUCGAGACGAUGGAUCAUCUGACGCCGAAAUUGAAAGACGAGGUCAAGAAAUUGCUCAAUUCUAAGCAUCUCUUCUUCAGAGAGAUGUGCGCUUAUCACAACAGCUGCGGCCAUCUCGGUGGUCACGACCAACCGCAAUCUCAACCGCAAACGCAGACGCAACCGCAUCAGAAUCAGAAUUUGAUUCAGCAUCGUCCGGAGCAGCAGAAGUGUUUUCACGCGGCGGAAUCAGGGAAAAUGGCGAGAAUCGCGGAGAGCGAGGGAGAUGGAGAUUCGGAUAUGGCGGAGGAUUCGGAGUCGGAGAUGGAAGAUUCGGAGGAGGAAGAAAUAGAGACGAGGAAGAAGAGGAGGAAAGGAGAAGGAGUAUCGGCGGCGGUGAAGCGGAUGAGGGAGGAGGCAGCGCGUGUAUUGGAGGACGCGGGGAAGAGCGCGUGGGAGAAGAAGGAAUGGAUCAAGAGAAAGUCGUUGGAGCUUGAGGAGAGGAAGGUUGGGUACGAGUGGGAGGCUGUGGAGAUGGAGAAACAGAAAGUGAAGUGGAUGAGAUAUCGGAGCAAGAAGGAGAGAGAAAUGGAGAAGGCUAUGCUCGAGAACCAGCGACGGAGGCUAGAGACGGAGAGGAUGGUUCUAAUUCUCCGGCGGAGGGAGAUUGAGUUGACGGAGUUACAGCCGUCGGGUAAACGGGUUGACCCGAGGUCAGCCACCGGGUGA